GAUUAUUUAAAAAUAGUGUUUUUUUAUUUUGCAUUUUGGAAAUGUGGAAAAAAUAAAACGAUGUUUUUAUUAAAAAGAAAAUUGUUGAUGGUUGAAAGUUUUCUUUUGUAGUUGGUUUACGAAAUUUUAGAUUGUUAAACAGUUUAAGAUUUUUUUGCGCGUCUUAUUUUUAAUUGAUUGUUUAUUAAAUUGCGACUUACAAUUUUUGGUGUGGAAAGGGUAAAAUGAGUGAACGUGGCGGAGCCGGGUGGGGGUCGUCGGCCUGGGAGUCGUGAGGACUUGAGGAGGAGCCGACGUCGGCCAUUCUUGUCAAAUCCCCGGACCCUGUUUACAAAUGUGACAAACCGAACCCCUGGGGGUAUUUUUUACUUUUUCUACAAGUGAGAAACGUUUUUCGACUCGAAAUCCCAGUCUGAGGGCCGUCUUUUAAAAAGAACCGACGACGCAGCGAGCAUGUCUUCGUCUGGAGAUUUCGGUAACCCGCUCAGGAAGUUCAAACUCGUCUUUCUCGGGGAGCAGAGUGUGGGCAAAACCUCACUGAUUACAAGGUUUAUGUAUGAUAGCUUUGAUAAUACUUAUCAAGCGACAAUAGGAAUAGAUUUUUUGUCGAAGACAAUGUACUUAGAAGACAGGACUGUAAGAUUACAACUCUGGGAUACUGCAGGGCAAGAAAGGUUUAGGAGUUUGAUUCCAUCGUAUAUCAGGGAUUCUACUGUAGCUGUAGUUGUAUAUGAUAUUACUAAUGCCAAUUCUUUUCACCAGACGUCGAAAUGGAUUGACGACGUGAGGACAGAGAGGGGUAGCGAUGUGAUAAUCAUGCUUGUAGGAAACAAAACGGACCUGUCCGAAAAGCGACAAGUCUCGACAGAUGAGGGUGAAAGAAAAGCGAAAGAGCUGAAUGUCAUGUUUAUAGAAACAAGUGCAAAAGCUGGGUAUAAUGUUAAACAGCUUUUCCGAAGAGUCGCAGCAGCUUUGCCUGGUAUGGAUUCAACAGAAAACAGACCACCUGAAGACACUGUCGAUCUUCAAACCCAACACUCGCCUCAGAAGGACACUCAAGACACUGAGGGUGGCUGCAUGUGCUAAAAAAUUGUACAAGUUGCAGGCCGAAAAAAAUAAACUCCGUAGUGAAAACAAAAAACAAAAAAAUUUCAAUUACAAAAAAAUAUUACAAACUGCCCACGAAGUUUAUAGUGCUUUAUUUGUCAGUCAAUACCAAGCUGUAAAAGAGUUGUGUGACUUUUAUAUUUUGUUAUCCAUUUUAUCAAAAAUAAAUAAUUAAAAAAAGUAAUAAUUUAGAAAAAGAAAUUAAAAUUGUGGCAUUUACUGUCUGUGAGAGAAAAAGGAGAAUUGUAGGUAAUUAUUAAUUUACAUUGUGUAAUUUUUCAGACUAAAUUUAAUAUUGCAUAUUCAAUUAUAACAUAAUUUAGUUUCGAAUGGUUAAAAUAUUUAAUAUUUAUAUUACUAGUGAUAAACGUUAAUUUUGCAUUAGCAUUUGUAAUGCACAAAUGCCAAGUAUGUCAUAAUAUUGUAUUACUCGCUCACAGUGGUACUUGCUGAUGAAAGCCGUUACCAACUUUUUAUAGAUAUAAAUUUUUUCAUUGUAAAACAAAAUUGUAUGUUAAGCUGGUUGUUAAAUAUUGUAUCAAGACACAGUAUGUUUUUUUUGUUUUUUUUAAUUGUUAAUUUGUUUUCUUUAAUUUGAACUGAAACAAAGUUAGCUAAAUGCAGCUGCUGUGAUCUUUGAUAAAAGCAUUGUUAUUUACAUUCUAUUAUUUUAAUAUUGCUUAUAUUUAACCUAUUAUUUUAAAUUAUGUAUAUAUGUAAUGUGUAUUUUAUUUUCUAAUAUUUAAAAGUUUUUUUAGCUCAAUACUUAAUCCCUAUAUUGAUAUUAUAUUAUUAUUUAAAAACAAAAGUCAAAAUUGUUUUUUGUUCCUGGCAUGCAUUGGAUCACAAAGAAAGUGAAUGUUGCAAAAAAUAAAUAAUUAAGUGCA